AUGGGCACAGAUGGCUGUCAGCGAAGAAGCAUAUUGUUGGCAGUUGCUGUAUUUUUCUCGUGGAUCACUGUUGCACAUAGCAUCGACUGCUUCAAAUGCGUGUCAAUGAACGGCAACUUCCCAGCGUGCGACGAUCCUUUCCACAACAAUCACUCGCUACAGAUGUUGGAGGCGCCCUGCAUGGGUGGCAGGAAGGGACGGGACGGGUUGUUCCCUGCUACGUCCUGCAUCAAGAUCGCUGGGGUCUUUGAUGACACGGGAGAGUCGAUCACGGUGAGAGGCUGUGGCCUGGACUCUGGGACCGCCACGACAGACACAGAAAUCAUCAGAAUGUCCCACUGCGGACGGUUCUACUAUAACGACAAGUAAGUCCAAGUGUUAAAAAUCAAAA